AAAAAAUAGCUGAAAGGAUAACGGUAACUUUCCUCCCCUGAUGAAAUACUAACCAUCUGAUCAAAAAUCUAACAUAAACCAUCUGAUUAAAUACAAACCAUUUGAUCAAUCAUCUACAGGCUUGGAUUUCAUUUGUUAAUUUCCCUCCUAUUUUUUAUCUCUUUGUUUACUCUCUCAAACUAAUCCACUACAAAAACUAAAAAAAUGGGAUUAAUGGUGGAAACUACUAGAAGUGGGGAGCUCCAUGAUUUUCAUUUGGCUUCAAGAAAAGCAGAGGAAGCAGUUCUUAGGAGAUAUCAAGCAGUUCACUGGCUAGAAUGUGUUGUGGGUCCUCUUGGUAUACCUGCUGAACCAUCAGAAAGAGACUUCAUUUCUUGCUUAAGAAAUGGAAUCAUUCUUUGCAAUGUAAUUAAUAAAAUUCAACCUGGGUGCAUACCAAAGGUUGUGGAGAAUAAUGAACCAAUAGCUUCUGAAUCAACAAUAUGGGAUUCGAAACCAUUGCCUGCUUAUCAAUACUUUGAGAAUGUCAGGAAUUUCCUCAUGGCUGUCAAACAAUUGAAGCUUCCUGCUUUUGAAGCUUCUGAUCUAGAAAGAGAGAAUUUUGAGGCAGAGUCUGCAGGUAGGAUAGCUGACUGCAUAUUAGCACUAAAAUCUUAUCAUGAAUGGAAGGAAUGGAGUGGAGGGAAUGGAUUUUACAAGCAUGUAAAUGUUAAAUCUCCGCUCGUUCUGAAAUCUUCUUCCAAGAGCUCGUCUAGGCCUUCAAGCAUGAUUUCUGCUGAUAAGUCUUCUGUGGAUGAAAAACAGUUUCUCACUGAUUCCAUAGUCAAGUCACUUGCAAAUCAUUUGGUUGAAUCAAAGGAAAACAUCAAUGCUAAUUUUCUUUCUUCCUUACAAAAUAGAAGCCAGGAACAAGUCCAAAUAUUUAGUGAGAUUUUGUCUAGGUGUUUAAAUGAGAAACUAGAAGACAAAUUUCCUAUGCUAAAACAUUCCUCUCAAGAUAGCUUAGGGAAAGCGGGUGGAUCACGUGUUCUAGCAUCGGUCCUGAAAGAAAAUGUAUCUCUUCAAAAUACUCAAGAGAACCAUGAAGAUGCGACGAGAAAAGGUAACAAGGAUCGUUGGUGUAUGUUACGAAGUCAAGAAAGGGACCUUUCACAUAUUAAAGCUUUAUGGCACAAGACAAAGACAGAAUUCGGAGAUUUUCAGUCUCAGCUGUUGAAUGAUUUGAUUCAAUUAGGAAGUCUUGUUGAAGAGAUGUCCGGCCCUGCACUUGGUUACCAAAAAGUGAUCCAAGAGAAUCGGAAGCUAUACAACAUGGCCCAAGACUUAAAGGGAAAUGUCAGAGUCUACUGCAGAAUCAGACCCAUGCUCGAUACAGACGCGAAGAAUGUGGUUGAUUUUGUUGGGCAAGAUGGAUCCAUAGGGGUAAUGGAUCCAUCAAAACCAAGACUAGAUGGAAGAAAAGUUUUCCAGUUUAACCAGGUGUAUGGUCCAACAGCUACACAAGAUGAGCUGUUUAAGGAAAUCCAGCCAUUAAUCAGGUCUGUCAUGGAUGGCUUUAAUGUCUGCAUUUUGGCUUAUGGCCAAACUGGUUCGGGCAAGACACACACUAUGUAUGGCUCGGAAAAGGAGACAGGCGUGAACUUCUUAGCUUUGAAUGACCUCUUCCAAACUGCUGGUAGGAGGCUGAACGUAACUUAUGACGUGUGUGUCCAAAUGGUUACGAUAUACAAUGAACAAGUGCAAGAUCUUUUAGCUGAAGAUUCUGCUUCGGAUGGUGAAUCGAGUCUUUUGGAUAUAACAUUCCAUUCUGUAAAGUCACAUAUCGAUGCUAUCGAGUUAGUGAAAUCCGGGGAAAGAAAACAUAUUUCAAAGAUCAACAGCUUAAGCUGUCAUUCUCAUAGUGUCGUAGCUAUACACGUGCAAGGUAAGGAUACAGCAGGAAACGUUUUGCGUGGUUGCCUGCACUUGGUCAAUCUUGCAGCUAGCGGAGAGGAUGACAAAUCACUCGCGGAAUUUGAGGAUGUUAUCGCAUCGUUCUCUCAGAAAACUCCCAAUAUUUGUCAAAGAAAUAGUAAAAUUACUUCACUCUUGCAAGAUGGUUUAGGACGAAAUGCAAAGGUAGUGGUGCUCGCGCAUGUGAUUCCAGAUGGGGACAAGUUCGCUGAGACGAUGAGUACCUUACGGUUCGCACAAAAGGUCUCGUCUGUUGAGCUUGGAGUUGCUCAGUCCAAUAGAAAAAACAUAGAAGUAAUGGAACUAAAAGAAGAGAUUGAAAUUCUAAAGAGUGCAUUGGGUGAGAAGGAUGCUCGAAGUCCAAAGCCAAACAGACAACUAAGAUCCCCUUGUGAUAAAGCAAGACUAACCAUCGAGAAAACACCUGUAAAAUCACGAAGAUUGAGCAUCGAAAGUAUGAAAUCAGAGAAGCUGGAAAAAUCGCCUUUGUCGAAACCAAGGCCAACAGACAAACUCCCUAAUGGCACAACAGGUAGCAGCAAAGGUCCCAAGUCACCAGGCGAAAAACUAAAGCUUGACGGGUCUUACCCAAGAUCCCGAAGGUUGAGCAUUGAAAAUCCUACGAUUGUAAGAAGUGAGAAAAAACAAAAGCUGAAGGAACCAAAAACUCCCCAAAGAACUCGACGAUUGAGCAUUGAGAAUCCGAAUUCUAUGAAGCCUAUUCCAGACAUCCGAAAGAGUACUAAAACCCCACAAGCUUCUCUUCGAGCUAGAAGAUUAAGCUUGGAAGGUCCGAAGAAUUUGACAACAAAAGACCGGUUGCAUUCAGCUGAAGUUGUUAUAAGUUCUAAGGACUAUAUGAGCAUCAUGGAGUUUCCGAAGAGCCCACAACCUGCAGCUCUUAAUAGACCGACUUUCACAGAUUGUGCUACGAGAUUUCCAACAGUACAACAAACUCCGAAAACACCAGAACAGCAAAAACACGGCUCAAACGAAAAACAAACUCCCAGCAUUGUAAAAAGGACUAAUAAAAAGGGGUCACAAAUCAAAAGAUCCCUUAGAACUAUCGGGAAGUUGAUCAAUGGCUCUGAGAAAAGGAACCAACAAAAGGCGGUGGAAUCACCAUCAAUAAAUAAUGUUCGUGAAGCAAAAUCACCCAUAACAGGUAAAGCGAGGGCACUAAGGAGACAGUCCCUUACCGGACUACCUCCACCACCAGGAUCAGAUCGGAGAUCUUCUCUUGGAAGCACAUCGACUGAUGCUCGUCCGACUGACAGUAGGAAUGCAACAACUCCUCCGUCAGUGCACUCAUCGACCAAGAUAACAAGUCGUUGGAUGUAAAAUCGAUUGUCAUAGAGAUAGAUGUAUGUUGCUUCGACUUGAAGCAUGUUUUAAACUCGUAAAUUGUUGUACGAGGGGUGGCAAAACAGGCCAAACAAGAGCGUUCGAGGAGGGGACGACUGUAAAUAGACAAAACCAUCAUGUAAUUUUGGUGCUCUUAUCACAAUAUUUAUUUUUUCAAUUAAUAGAACUAAUUUAUGGUUUCUCAUGUAACCAAAUUUCUUGCAUCCGAAUGUUAUAGAAGUAUAUCAAGCCAGUUGCAUACCA